AUGAAAGAGGCUCGAAAACAGAAUAUCAGGAACAGAUUAGACCAGCCCAACACAGCCCACAGCCCCACCACACAGCGCACAGCCCCACCACACAGCCCACAGUCCCAGCACACAGCCCACAGCCCCAGCACACAGUCCCAGCCCACAGCCCCACCACACAGCCCACAGUCCCAGCCCACAGCCCCAGCACACAGUCCCAGCCCACAGCAAACAGUCCCAGCACACAGUCCCAACCCACAGCCCCACCACACAGCCCACAGCCCACAGCCCCACCACACAGCCCCACCACACAGCCCACAGCCCCACCACACAGCCCCAGCCCACAUCCUACAGCCCCACCACACAGCUCACAGCCCCACCACACAGUCCCAGCCCACAGCCCUUAGCACACAGUCCCAGCCCACAGCACACAGUCCCAGCCCACAGCCCCACCACACAGCCCACAGUCCCAGCCCACAGCCCCACCACACAGCCCCAGCCCCACCAUACAGCCCCAGCCCACAACCCCACCACACAGCCCACAGCCCCACCACACAGCCACAGCCCCAGCCCAACCACACAGCCCACAGCCCCACCACACAGUCCCAGCCCACAGCCCACAGCCCCACCACACAGCCCCAGCCCCACCACACAGCCCACAGCCCCAACACACAGCCCCAGCCCACAGCCCACAGCCCCACCACACAGCCCCAGCCCACAGCCCCACCACACAGCCCCAGCCCACAGUCCCAGCCCACAGCCACAGUCCCAGCCCACAGCCCCACAGCCCACAGUCGCAGCCCACAGACCACAGUUCCAGCACACAGUCCCACCACACAGCCCACAGUCCCAGCCCCACCACACACCCCACAGCCCCACCACACAGCCCACAGCUCCAGUUAG